AGUGCGCACGACAGGCUGCUCUUUUUUAGGAAGCAGCCGCACUUUCGGCAUCAGAAGUGAGUGUCAGCACUGGAGAAAGAAUACCUCGCACACUGUCACGUCUUUCUUCUGCCCCAGCACAGCGGAAUAUAAGACUCCAACGCAGAGAUAGAGGUUCAAACGUCGUGUCGGAGCGGCAGGUAGGCUAUAGGGAACCGGGGGACAUCGGAAUGCUCUGCCACUCUCCUCGCUCUUCUCUAUCUGUUCUCAACUCCGCUUGCCAUCAGUUACUGAUUGAAGUCAAACAAUCAAGCCGGGAUUGCUGUCUACUGCCUUUCAGUAGGUCUACUCCCUCACUGCAAUACCAAUGCGAGGAUACUGUCAGUGUAUACAGUCAGCGAGUAAACGGACGGGAGGCGCGCAUGUAAAACAGUCACUGACAAAAUGGACAAAGGGAACUACAUCAUUGCUUCGCUUCUUUUUCAACUGCUGGACUUAAUAUGUGGACAGUUCUUUCCAGGCAGCUGUUCAUUUGAAGACCCCUACAGCAGCUGUGGCUACAGUGUGGCCCUUGGGACCAAUGGCUUCGCUUGGGAGCAAGUCAACACUUGGGAGAGGCCCACCAUGGACGCAGCUGUUCCCACAGGUUCUUUCAUGGUGGUGAACGGCUCCGGCCGGGCGUCGGGACAGAAGGCCCACCUGCUCCUGCCUACUCUGAAGGAGAACGACACCCACUGCAUCGACUUCCACUACUCUCUAUCCAGUCGCGACGGCUCCAGUCCCGGGACGCUCAAUGUCUACAUUAAGGUGAACGGCGGCGCCCAGGGAAACCCUGUGUGGAACGCCUCCGGCUCGGUGACCGAGGGCUGGGUCAAGACCGAGCUGGCCAUCAGCACCUUCUGGCCCAACUCCUAUCAGGUGAUAUUCGAGUCUGUAUCCGUACAGGGCCAUCCAGGGUUCAUUGCGGUGGACGAGGUCCGAGUGUUGGCCCACCCAUGCCGGAAAGCGCCUCACUUCCUGCGGCUGCAGAAUGUGGAGGUGAAUGUGGGCCAGAACGCCACCUUCCAGUGUACCGCCGGGGGGAAGUGGUCACAACACGACCAACUGUGGCUACAGCAGUGGAAUGGUAAAGACACAGCCCUCAUGGUGACGCGGGUGGUGAACCACCGGCGCUUCUCGGCCACCGUCAGCGUCGGGGACACGUCUCAGAGAAGCACCAGCCGCUAUCGCUGUGUCAUCCGCUCCGAUGGUGGCUCCGGGGUCUCCAACUACGCAGAGCUAAUCGUCAAAGCUCCCCCCACGCCCAUUGCCCCUCCGGAGCUCUUGGCAGUGGGGGCCACCUACCUGUGGAUCAAGCCCAACGCCAACUCCAUCAUCGGGGACGGACCUAUCAUCCUGAAGGAGGUGGAGUACCGCACCACUACGGGCAACUGGGCCGAGACCCACAUCGUGGACGCCCCCACCUACAAGCUUUGGCAUUUGGACCCCGACGUGGAGUACGAGAUCAAGGUUCUGCUGACCCGGCCAGGCGAGGGAGGCACGGGUCCCCCGGGACCUCCACUCAUCACCCGGACCAAGUGUGCUGACCCAGUCAACGGGCCUCAGAAUGUCAAUGUGGUGGACAUCCGGGCCCGCCAGCUCACCCUGCAGUGGGAGACGUUUGGCUAUGCCGUGACGCGCUGCCACAGCUACAACUUGACCGUGCAGUACCAGUACGUGUUCAACCAGCAGGAGUUUGCGGCCGAGGAACUGAUCCAGACGUCAUCCCACUACACCCUGCGGGGCCUGAGGCCCUUUGUCACCGUUCGCCUACGCCUGGUCCUUGCCAACCCCGAGGGCAGCAAGGAGAGUGAGGAGAUCGUUAAGCAGACGGAGGAGGAUGUUCCCGGCUCUGUUCCAAUGGAGUCCACCCAGACCGGACCAUACGAGGAGAAGAUCUUCAUGCAGUGGAAGGCACCUAACGAGACCAAUGGUGUCAUCACGCUAUACGAGAUCACCUAUAAGGCUCUGAGCUCCUUGGACCCCAGUGCAGACCUGACCACCCAGCGCGGCAGGGUGUUCAAGCUACGCAACGAGACUCACCACCUGUUUGUGGGGCUCUACCCGGGCACCACCUACUUCUUCACCCUCAAAGCCAGCACCAACAAAGGUUUUGGACCCCCUGUUACCACCCGCAUUGCCACCAAGAUAGCAGCCCCAUCGAUGCCGGAGUACGAGACAGACAUGCCUCCUCUGAACGAGACGGACACCACCAUCACAGUUCUGCUGAAGCCUGCCCAGUCCAGAGGAGCUCCCGUCAGUGUCUACCAGCUGGUGGUGAAAGAGGAACGCAAGCAGAAGGUGCGGCGGGCAGCUGACGCGCAGGAGUGCUUCCCCGUCCCCGUCAGCUUCAAGAAUGCCUCCAUCUUGAAUUCGCCCCACUACUUUGCGGCGGAGCUCCCGCCCACCUACCUGACUGUGGUUCAGCCCUUCACCGUAGGCGACAACAAGACCUACAACGGCUACUGGAACCCCCCUCUCUCUUCGUCCAAGAGCUACAGCAUUUACUUCCAAGCCCUGAGCAAAGCCAAUGGGGAAACCAAAAUCAACUGUGUGAGACUGGCCACUAAAGUGGUAAUAGGUAGGGGACAAAAUACCACGCCGUACAUACUUGUCAUCCCCAGUGAAGGCGCGUCCACCCAGGACUCGGACGCUGUGGAGCCCGAAAAGCAGGUGGACAGCAACGUCAAGAUGGCUGGUGUCAUCGCAGGCAUCCUCAUGUUCGUCAUCAUCCUACUAGGAGUGGUUCUCACCUUCAAACGCAGAGAGAUACACACAUGGAGAACUCUGAGUGUGGGAAGAAAUGCAUAUUCCUACUCUUAUUACCUGAAACUGGCCAAAAAACAGAAGGAGACAGCCAACAGCAGCACUCAGCGGGAGAUGGGACCGGUGGGCACGGCUGACAAGAGCACCACCAAAGUCAGCACUCUGCACAAGGACGACCCUUUCUCCACCAGCAGCCAGGACCUCAAUGGUUUCACAUCCCCCUCUCCCUGCUCCUUCUCUGUGCAAGGCAAAACUCUGCAAAGCAAAUCCCUUUUGAAUUCCUACUACUCAGUGUCGAAGGAGGCUGUUGCAGUCCCUGCAACAGCAUCAAUCGACAGCAGCCAUAGUGAGUUGGCUCAGCCAUCGUUGACCAUCCAGACGUACCCAUACGGGGGCUGUGAGUCAGUAGAGAUGUCCUACCAAGCAGGCCAGUUCCAGCCAGCCAUCCGUGUAGCCGACCUCCUCCAGCACAUCACCCAGAUGAAGUGUGGCCAGGGCUACGGCUUCAAGGAAGAGUAUGAGGUAAGAAUGGGUCUGACGGAAGGACAGGCGGCCCCAUGGGAGACUGCCAAGAAGGAUGAGAACCGCAACAAGAACCGAUAUGGCAACAUCAUCGCUUACCCCACAGAUGACCACACUCGUGUCAGACUGCAACUGCUAGAUGGAGACCCCCACUCGGACUACAUGAAUGCCAACUACAUCGACGGGUAUCAUAGACCAAGACAUUACAUCGCCACACAAGGCCCCAUGCAGGAGACGGUGAGAGAUUUCUGGAGGAUGAUCUGGCAAGAGAAUUCUGGCAGUAUCGUCAUGGUUACGAACCUGGUGGAAGUGGGCAGGGUGAAGUGCGUGAGGUACUGGCCUGACGAGACUGAUGUGUACGGAGAUAUCAAGGUGACACUGAUCGAGACAGAGCCACUGGCCGAGUACGUCAUUCGCACCUUCACAGUCCAGAAGAAGGGCCACCACGAGAUUCGAGAGAUCCGUCAAUUCCACUUCACUAGCUGGCCUGACCACGGGGUGCCCUGCUACGCCACCGGCCUCCUAGGCUUCGUUCGCCAGGUCAAGUUCCUCAACCCUCCCGACGCCGGCCCCAUCGUGACCCACUGCAGUGCCGGGGCUGGAAGGACAGGCUGUUUCAUAGCUGUGGACAUUAUGCUGGAUAUGGCCGAGAACGAGGGUGUGGUGGACAUCUUCAACUGCAUCCGCGAACUGCGCUCACAAAGGGUUAACAUGGUGCAAACCGAGGAGCAGUAUGUCUUUGUCCACGAUGCCAUCCUGGAAGCCUGCCUGUGUGGAAACACAGCCAUCCCAGUCUGUGAAUUCAGAGCCAUAUACUACAACAUUAUCAGACUGGACCCACAGACCAACUCUAGCCAAAUUAAGGAUGAGUUUCAGACUCUGAACAUCGUGACUCCCCGGGUGAGGCCUGAAGACUGUAGCGUGGGACUGCUCCCCCGGAACCACGACAAGAACCGCAGCAUGGACGUCCUGUCUGUGGAUCGCUGCCUGCCUUUCCUCAUCUCUGUGGAUGGAGAGUCCAGUAACUACAUCAACGCUGCCCUCAUGGACAGCCAUAAACAGCCAGCAGCCUUCAUCGUAACCCAGCACCCGCUGCCCAACACGGCCGCCGACUUCUGGAGGCUGGUCUUCGACUACAACUGCUCCUCGAUAGUCAUGCUCAACGAGAUGGAUGCAGCGCAGCUUUGCAUGCAGUACUGGCCCGAGAAGAGCUCCUGCUGCUACGGCCCCGUCCAGGUGGAGUUCAUCUCAGCCGACAUCGAUGAAGACAUCAUCAAUCGCAUCUUCAGGAUCUGCAACAUGGCCAGGCCCCAGGAUGGCUACCGUUUGGUGCAGCAUUUCCAGUUCAUCGGCUGGCCGGCCUAUCGGGACACACCCCUGUCCAAGCGCUCCAUCUUGCAGCUGGUGAGACGUCUGGCCAAGUGGCAGGAGCAGUACGACGGGGGAGACGGACGCACCGUGGUCCACUGCCUGAUGGGUGGUGGACGUAGCGGUACCUUCUGUGCCAUCUGCAGCAUCAGUGAGAUGAUCCAGCAACAGAACAUUGUAGAUGUGUUCCACACCGUCAAGACCCUGAGGAACAACAAAUCCAACAUGGUGGAGACUAUGGAACAGUACAAGUUCUGCUAUGAAGUUGCUCUGGAGGCCCUUAGCUCAUUCUGAGAGAGCAACGCUGCCUCUCGUGUCUGUGGGACACAGUGCUGACACUGCAGAGACACCAACCCAUACGAGGCAGCGGAUGUGUGUGUGACCACACACACACACGUGAGAAACUCUAUACUGAAGAAAAAACGCCCUCCACACUGGGGUUGUGUGCGCUUUUGCAAGACCGGGACCCCUUUUGCUUGUGUAAAGAAAAAAUGGAAUGAAAACCUUUAGACACAGCUUUCAUUCUCUUUCUUCAAUGUCCAUCUUGGACUGUGAUGUGAUCUUGUACAGUCAUUUCCUUUUUAGAUAUAUGCCUUGAAUUUUAUUCCCUCAGUGUAAAAAUACAAACCAAGAAAAUAAACCGACAUGGCUUCCGCUGAUGGGGAUUAAAAAAACACACAAAAACAACACAAUCAGAUUAACAAACAGAACCGAUACCACCGUACAGACGAAGACAAAUGCAAGAUGCGAAGAUUUGAACUCUACCUGGCUUUGCAUCUCUUUUUAAAGAAUAUUAAUUUCGACUGUAUUAUAUAUUUCCCCCCUGUUUUAACAGACACAAAAUGGCAGAUAUUUUUUGUAAUUCUUUGGAUUUUGUGGUUCCUGCAACUCCUUUACAUCCAUGUGCACACGCUGGUUUUCUCACAUUCGCAAAGUGGCAUUUUCUGUCAAUGGCUUGGUUUCUUUUGGUGUUGUGGCAUGUUCUCAUCCUCUUGUGCUGUGCAGACAAUCAUGAAUUAUUCUGGGCCUGGUUUUCAAAAGCAUUUUAAGACUAAGAUGUGUUUGGGAAUCCAGGCCCUGGUUUGCUGCAAUGAAAAUGAGAGAAGAGUCAGUCAACACUUUGGCAUUCUAUGCUGGCUCGACACAUUAUUCAUCUAAACGUAUUUUACAUUCAUGUGUUUUGUCAUUUGCACUGUAUUUUGCACUGCUUUGCCUUCAAUCCCAUUUUAAAAUGGUGUCGUGUAGGGGAGGCUAGGGGCAAUCGUAACAGGGAGCAGUUGUAACACAUUGCAUUUCUCCAAACAGAAACAAGCUGGAGUGAUGAAACACACACAGUACAUUUAUGUUAUGUCUGCUUGAAAAGUUACAGCCAGAUAUCUCACUAUAUUCACUUUUAAAUGGGCAAAUGUUGUUUUUUUUUCAGGGAUGAAAGUCGUUUUUUCCACCAGUUGUAUUUUUAUUAUACUGCUCUUAGCAUUAGUGUCCAAUAAUUCAAACUAUCAUCAUUUUCAUCACUAUAUGUUGACUAAACAUUGACAUAAAUGACAUGUCACUAUUGUUGUCUCUUACUAGGCACAUGAGGUUUUGUCAUGGCUGCUGGGUUGGGGGCAAUUGCCAAUUGUAAUUCAGUGUUAAAAUGACCCUGAGCCAAGCAGCCAAAUUAUGAAAACAAGUGAUUUUAACUUUAAGAUUGUAUGAAUUAUACAAAUAACUUUAAAUAGCCGUGGGGUCCUGCAGAGUGCCACAGAAAUUGUAAACAGAUAUAAUCUGGAAACCAUCAUAUUAUUCAGAUAUUUUGAGAGGAACCAAAUGGCCAUGCACAAACACGGGUGUUACUGUAAUUAUUGGUUACAUACAUAGAAAUAUUAAUACUUAUUGAAAAAUCAUUACUUACGUCUAUGAUAAUAUGAUAACUUAAAAAACAUUCAUGUUUAUGAAUUAAGUGAAUUUAUUUUUUUUAUUUUUUUAGGUGUUACAUUUGACCCCAGCUACUGUUACAAUUACAGGGCAAAUGUAAUGUCUGGACCUUUUGGAUUACAAUCAAUAUUGUGAUCUGACAGUCAUAUGUACAGACAUAUAAAUGGUAUGAAUGAUUAAGACACAGAUGUCAAUUUCUAAUAUAAAUAAAAAUGAUUGACCUAUUUCGAGUGGUCUCUGAGCAAAAGAGUAAAAUGCAAACAUUUUUACAAUUGCGCCAGUCUCCCCUAAUUUGGUCGAUAGUGCCAUACUCACAUCUUUAAACAUAUACAAUUUUAACGAAAUUGUGCAGAAACAUAUCAGCCUAGGGAUAGAGUGGGACAACAUUCUAUUAAUGUGCGCCUCAAGCUUGUCAAGCACCGUAGCAGCCCCCACCCUACUGUUUCCCAGUCUCAGGAUUUGGAUAAGAAGACUAUUUUGUUUUUCAUCCCUGUCCAUUCUGCGCUCAUAUUCUACUUUAUAAGAGCAGUUUGGCUUAUUGUGAGGCUGUCCUAAUAUGGACACCGUAACCGUGUCCUGCCAUUACUCUCCGCCCAUGCAUCUUAUGCAUACUGUUUGGAGAACUUCGGAUUGUCUUCAUCCUCACUAGACAUGGAAACAGAAUCCAUCUGAGAUUGUGAAUCCAACUGUUGACUGAGGGCGGGAUUCAAUUAAAGCGCUCUAGUCGACAAUGCUACCUUUGAAGGCAGCGUUUGCGGAAAUCGUAUUUAAGGAAAAUGCUGCAGAUGGCUCAAUUGGAAACUACCUUUAAAUGUCAAGCUUGCUAUAGAGAGUUUCGGAUUGAAUCCCGGCCUGGGAUUUUUGCACGGGUUUUCUGUCCAUUGAACAGUUUUAGUACAGGAUUGUACAGGGCUUUGUCCGAAGAAUGUUUUGCUGAACAUGGACAGUGACUUCCAGUAUGAGGUGUAGAAGAAGUAUUGUGUCAACACACAGCAUAGUUGUGUUAUUAACAUGCAGCCGUUUGGUGACUGGAACACAAAGAGAAACAGUGUUGGAAUUCUAAUGACGAGAGGUCAAUGUCAAUGCAAGUUGUUUGUUUUGCUUUUCAUAUUUCCACUGUCUAUAUUAUAUUUCGUUUUUCCUCAUUUUUUUUCUCUUGAAUUUGUUCAAAUAAAAUGUUGUCUAGCAAAGUGAUAUUUAGAUCUGGUGAUGAAAUUGCCAUGGUUGUUUUGUUGUUUAAAAAUGUGGUUACAUCAAAUAAAGGGACCAAAAUGUUGAGCAAA